GCUUGGCGCAUGCGCGCUGCGUGCGGUGGCUGCGGCGUUGGCCGUUGAGGAGCGCGGCGCGUUGCGGCGCUUUGCGGCCUAUGGGGUCGGGCCGUGAGGCGGAUGGAACCGCGGCGUAACGGCGGCAGAGAGGAUGAGAAACCACGGAGGGGUGAAGAGGAUGCGGGGAACCCGAGGAGAUGGAGCGGAGGAAGCGGGAUGGGAGCGAACAGCGCCGAGUUGUGUGAGGGGGGCGGCGCGGCCUGCGGGCUGAGGAGGGACUCGGUGCGAAAGAACCGCCCGCCUUUCCCUUGGUUUGGCCUGGACAUCGGUGGGACCUUGGUCAAACUUGUUUAUUUUGAACCAAAGGACAUCACUGCCGAAGAGGAGGAUGAAGAAGUGGAAAACCUCAAAAACAUCCGCAAGUACCUGACAUCGAACGUGGCCUAUGGAUCCACAGGCAUUCGGGAUGUGCACCUUGAACUAAAGGACCUUACCCUGUGUGGACGUAAAGGCAAUCUGCACUUUAUACGCUUUCCUACCCAUGACAUGCCUGCUUUUAUUCAAAUGGGAAGCGAAAAGCACUUCUCGAGCCUCCAUACUACUUUAUGUGCCACGGGAGGUGGAGCGUACAAAUUUGAGCAGGACUUUCUCACAAUGGGUGACCUUCAGCUUCGUAAGCUAGAUGAGCUCGACUGCCUUAUCAAAGGCUUGCUGUACAUAGACUCUGUCAGCUUCAAUGGCCAGGCAGAGUGCUAUUAUUUUGAAAAUCCUACAGAUCCUGAACAGUGCCAGAAGCUCCCGUUCAACUUGGAGAAUCCAUACCCUCUCCUUUUGGUGAACAUUGGCUCGGGGGUCAGCAUUUUGGCUGUGUAUUCCAAAGAAAACUAUAGAUGGGUGACAGGCACCAGUCUUGGAGGAGGAACCUUCUUUGGGCUCUGCUGCCUUCUCACAGGUUGCUCCACCUUUGAAGAGGCCAUGGAGAUGGCGUCCCACGGGGACAGCACCAAAGUGGAUAAGUUGGUGCGGGACAUCUAUGGAGGAGACUAUGAGCGGUUCGGGCUGCCAGGCUGGGCCGUAGCAUCCAGUUUUGGAAACAUGAUGAGCAAGGAGAAGAGGGAGUCCAUCAGCAAAGAGGACUUGGCCAAGGCCACCUUGAUAACCAUCACCAACAACAUCGGCUCCAUCGCGCGGAUGUGUGCACUCAAUGAGAACAUCAACCGAGUGGUCUUUGUUGGCAAUUUCCUCCGCAUCAACACCAUCUCCAUGAGGCUUCUGGCGUACGCUUUGGACUACUGGUCGAAGGGACAGCUGAAAGCACUGUUCUUGGAACACGAGGGUUACUUUGGUGCAGUCGGUGCUCUCCUGGAGCUCCUGGACUCAGCCUGAUCCAUCCAGAUUCCAUACGUCGGAGUGAUGAAGCUGCAGUGCCCACGUGGAGCUUUAAAGCACUUUCCCUUCCAUCAGCAUCUCUAUGAGUGCCGCACGUCUGCCUAGUUCCCAUCUCAUAGGUGUCAGCUGCGAUGCUCCGUGUUCUGCAGAUGAAGGAUCUCACCUUCUCAUUCUCCUAAAUGCCUGUGGAGGGGUGAGAACUGCAGCACAGUAACACCACAAGGACCAUUCCUGUCUGCUCCAGACCACACAGUGUCCUAUUGGACACAGCCGUGCUAUCAGCAGGACUGCAUAUAACAAUACCAAAGAGAUUACUGUUUGUUUCAGUCCUAUAUUUGCCAUUUUUCUCUGUAAUGCUUCAUUCGGUGCUUAUAAACUAAAGUAGUUUGAGGGGCAAAGCUGCACUUCUCAUACACAGCAGUUGUUCUUUCUGUUUCCUUUAUGCACACAGCCUGAACGAGGCUGUGCAGUUUGCAACCUCUGAGAACGCUCUGCUCUCAAAACGUGGAUUUGGAAGUAGCACAAUGCUGCCUGAAUAAAGAACCAGAACAACAGA